UCCUCGCCUCGCCUCGCCUCGCCUCCAGCGGCUGCCCUGCCCUGCCACCACCCCCUCCUCAAAACGCCAAAAUUUCCCCCACCUCUCCACGCCCCUUUCCCUCCCCCCGAGAUCCCAUCCAUGGCCGCCUCCCGCCCCCGGAUCUGGCGCUGAGCCCGCCAUUGCCGGAUCCCUGCCAGGCCUCCGCCCCGCCGUCGCUCGCGCUCCAGGCUCCGGUUAAUUCGCGCGGCGUGUCGUCCCCUUAUCCGGAGGGUGGUGGUCGAUCUGUGCCGGCGGCUGCAGCUCGCCCCUGCGAUCUCUUUCGGUUGUUGCUGGAGGAUCGGCCGCUCGCUGCCGUCGCCAAAGCGCGGUCUUUUACGGUCCCGUGAUUCGCGCCGCCGAGUUGUCGAGAGGAGGCUGCGCUUGUCGGAAUGGUUGUUUAAUUGGGGAGGUUGGAUGUGGUGUUGGUGCCUCCGGAUCUCGCCGCCAUGUGGAAGCAAUUUAUUGGCAAGCUCUCGUGGAAGGCGAUGAAAUCCAGCUCUGGCGGUGGCGGUGGCGGUGGCGCGGGCUCGCUGCUUGCGAAGACCCCGCCGGCGCUGCCGUCUUCGCGGGAGAAUGGGGCCGCGGGGAAGCCCAGCGCCUCGCCUCCGUCCCCCUUGGCGGGAGCCGGGGCCGAGGUGAGGUCCAGGGAGGAGGCCUUCAUCCAGAAGGUGAACAUUUGCUGCGCGGUGUACGACUUCUCCGACCGGGGCAAGGACUCGCCGGAGAAGGAGCGCAAGCGGCAGAUGCUCAUGUCCCUGGUCGACUGCAUUGGCGCCGCCGAGGAGCCCCUCACGGAGACGAUGAUUGCGGCGUGCGUGCGCAUGUUCGCCGCCAACCUCUUCAGGGUCUUCCCGCCCAAGGUCCGGUCGGGCACCACGGCUUCAGAGACCGAGGAGGACGAGCCGUUCUUCGAUCCGUCCUGGUACCACCUCCAAGUCGUGUAUGAGUUUCUCCUUCGUUUUGUGACCUCGUCGCUUGUCGAUGCCAAGGUAGCUAGGAAGUAUGUGGAUAGUUCUUUCGUCUCGAAGCUGCUCGAUCUGUUUGAUUCCGACGACCCGAGAGAGAGGGACUGCUUGAAGACGAUAUUGCAUAGGAUUUAUGGCAAGUUCAUGGGAAACCGCCCAUUCAUCCGUAAGGCUGUGAGCAAUAUCUUUUAUAGGUUUGUGUUCGAGACUGAUCAUCACAAUGGGAUCGCUGAGCUGUUGGAGGUCUUUGGCAGUGUAAUAAGUGGGUUUGCAAAGCCAUUGAAGGAGGAACAUAAGUUGUUCUUAUGGAAAGCAUUGAUUCCGCUUCAUAAGCCGAAAUCAGUGGGAGUUUAUCUGCCGCAGCUGACGUAUUGCAUCACACAAUUUAUUGAGAAGGAACCGAAGCUUGCCGGGACUGUGAUUAGAGGCCUGUUGAAGUAUUGGCCAGUUACGAACAGUCAGAAGGAAAUGAUGUUCUUGGGCGAGUUGGAGGAGGUGCUGGAGUUGACUGAUAUGGCUGAAUUUCAGAAGUGCAUGGUUCCCUUAUUCCGGAGGAUAGCGAGUUGCCUGAAUAGCUCUCAUUUUCAGGUUGCUGAGAGAGCUUUGUUCCUAUGGAACAACGAGCACCUGUUCGAUAUGAUCUCCCAAAAUCGUCAAGUGAUCCUGCCGAUAAUAUAUCCAGCUCUGGAGCGGAACACCCGUUGUCACUGGAACCAAUCGGUCCUCAAUGUAACAAUGAACGUGCGGAAAAUGUUCCAUGACAUGGACGAGAGGUUGCUCCUAACUUGUCAGAACAAUUUCGAAGAGGAAGAAGAGAAGCGAGCCGCAACCGAGGAGCGGCGGAGGCUCAUGUGGGAGCAGCUGGAGCGGAGCGCCGCGCAUGGGUACCACCAGCCGGUGAUCGCCACUGACGUGAGCUUUCCGCCACCUCCUUCAUCAGCCCGUCUGGUAGCCCCAACUGUGACAUGAGGUUGGAACCAACUGCAUUCCAUUUUCACCAUUGGUAGCUAAAUUAGAUGAAGUUGCUUGCUUCACUGGGGGUGCACAAAGGCAUUUUGUUACCUUUUGUAUUCGCCCCCUCUGUCAAAGUCUGUAAUUAAUAGAUGGUUUGAGGACCAAGGGACAUUUUGAUUUUUGCAUGGCGUAUUCUUGGAAUGGGGUGUUUCUUGUCUAAAUCUUGUCUGAUUCAAAUUAUAUCAGAAUGCGUUCUGUGUUGUC